UUUCAUUUCUCACUGGCUUCAACGGUUGUCUGCGACGCACAUCCUUGUUAUAACAGCCUGCUUGUUAUAUCCGUAUGUCACUGAAUAAUCAACCCAAUGGCUUCCAUCGUGUCUUCCCUGAGUGCUGAGAACGAGCUGAAGCUACACGGAUUAUUCUCCAGUCGUGUUUGUUUUCAUCUUGUGUAUAAGAGCAGUCAUCAUGGAGCCGAUAUUGGCCAGCUCCUCGACAGGUUUGACAAACAUGGAAAAUAUUUGCUCAUGGUAUUUCCGUCGACGGGGUUCGUCAGAGGUGCUUUCAUGAGUAAAUCUCUGAAGUAUGAAAAGGAAUACUCAGAUGAAGAAGCGUUUGUAUUUCAAUUGAGGGAUACAUACAGUGACCGGUUUCCAGAGUUAAACUGUACCAGAGCUAUCACAGUUAGUGUAGGUUCAUUUUCUAUCUCUUUUGAAAAACACUUAAGCUUAACAUUGGAUCAAGACUACUGGUACUGCUCAGAGGUAUUCUUUAGAGGAAUAUAUCAACAGAAGGUUGAUGUUCAACUCUGCAAAGAUGUGGAGCUGCACCGUGUCCAAGAUUUAGGUGAUAUUUUGCCCAACCCUUGGAGAGAGGUGGUCUGGCAUGAUACGACAAGAGAGAAUCUAAGGGAGGAUUUUGCCUCUUACAAGAUGUUGUUAGAGUCUCUACCCCGGGUGAAGGCUUUAUUCUUGGGCCCAGUGGGUUCUGGGAAGUCCAGCUUCAUCAACUCUCUCAGAUCCACAAUGUACAAGCGCAUCGUACAUCUGCCCCACAUCGGCACAUCAGUGGAGGGGUUCACCCAGAAGGUGACAACUUAUGGUAUUCGUACAAAACUGCGAGGUCCUCAGAGUGCUCUGAGCUUCUGUGAUGUGAAGGCUAUAGGAGACGACGACUCUACUGGUCUCUCUUACACUGAUGCACUGGCUGUCAUCAAAGGCCACGUCCCAGAAGGAUACAAGUUCCAGAGAGGUGUUACAGUCACUGAUGCAGUAAGUGGCUACAUAGCAAAUCCCACUCUGAAUGAGCAGAUUCACUGUGUCCUCUUUGUGCUUGAUGCCUCCAAAGUGACAUCAUACCCCAGUAGCCUACAGUCCACACUCAGAAAGCUGCAUUCCGGCAUAUCGGACCUGGGUAUCCCUCAACUUAUUUUGCUCACUCAUGUGGACCAGGUGUGUCUGGCAGUACAGAAAGACCUGAAGGAUGUCUACUCUAGCCAAACUGUCCAGGAUAAGAUGCAGAAAGCAGCAGAGUUGGUGGGAUUGCCAUUGUCCUAUGUUCUGCCGGUGAAGAACUAUUUUUCCGAGCUGACAGUGGAGUGCAACACCGACAUCCUGCUCCUGAGUGUGGGUAUGAGCAUCCUACAGGCUGUGGACGACACGUUUGAAGACCAGUACUCUAAUCCUGUCCCUCAAGCUGUUAAAGAAAUUUCAUCAUUGGGUAUUGUAGAGUAAUUUCAAGACAUCUAUAAUACAAAAGGAAGAGCAUGUUAAUGUUAGUCUGAGCACAGUCAAAUGCCCCAUUAUAAAAGGGUGCAACCAGAUUAUUGAAAGUUUUGUGUGGCCCAAACCCCCCCGCCUCCAACAUAACAUUUCUAUUUGUAUUUGAAUUUUGUCGGUUGCUCAAUCACAUUAACGGUGGAAAAAGAUCUGACAUGAUUUGUUUUCUUUUUAUUUCUUCUUCAAAAAUGUAAAGGGACUUUUUCAUUAAUCUUUAUCAUUAAUUUUGCUACAGUUAAUGGCCCAUUUUCUCUCCUUGAGUAUGUGUGAAUAAAAGUUUUUUUUUAUUAA